AUGCGCGCGACCCUGCCCGCCCCUCUAAGUUCUGACACCGGCUGCGCCCUCCUCACUCCAAAGGAGGAGCAGCAAGAGGCAGCCGCCUGGCUGGUUGGGGGCCUCCGAGCGCAGGGGCGACGGGAGGCGGCAGCACCUCUCGCCUUGCUCCCGUGUAGGCUGCCGGGUAGGCUAGAACUGAAGCCGGGAUCGCUGCUCCCGCAGCUCUCGGAGGAGCAGCAAGAGGCAGCCGCCUGGCUGGUUGGGGGCCUCCGAGCGCAGGGGCGACGGGAGGCGGCAGCACCUCUCGCCUUGCUCCCGUGUAGGCUGCCGGGUAGGCUAGAACUGAAGCCGGGAUCGCUGCUCCCGCAGCUCUCGUUCUCCACCCGCCAGUUCCCCCUAGUCUGUGGGGGAUUUCGGGGUGUGGAAUCGCUGACGGGAGGAGUUAGCUCGGGCGGGAGCAUUGUGGGCUGGGUGAGAUCUGGCCCGCCGUUCGGUCCUCAGUUUGGGAAGCACCGCGGGACCAAGGCCCAGGUUUCCGCUAGGAUCUUCCCGCUCUCAGAUUGCCGGUUCUCCCUGCAGCCGCCCCUGGUCCAGGCCAUCUUUAGCCGAGAUGUGGAGGAAGUGCGUUCCCUACUCUCGCAGAAGGAGAACAUCAAUGUGCUGGACCAAGAGAGGCGAACUCCAUUGCAUGCUGCUGCCUACGUAGGCGAUGUCCCCAUCCUCCAGUUGCUACUGAUGUCAGGUGCUAAUGUCAAUGCUAAGGACACACUGUGGCUGACCCCUCUUCAUCGUGCUGCUGCCUCCCGAAACGAGAAGGUGCUGGGGCUGCUGCUGGCACAUUCAGCAGAUGUGAAUGCCCGGGACAAGCUGUGGCAGACACCACUGCAUGUGGCUGCUGCCAACCGGGCCACCAAGUGUGCUGAGGCUCUGGCACCCCUGUUGAGCAGCCUCAACGUGGCUGACAGGAGCGGGCGCAGUGCUCUGCACCAUGCAGUGCAUAGUGGGCAUCUUGAGACGGUGAACCUGCUCCUCAACAAGGGAGCCAGCCUGAAUGUCUGUGACAAAAAGGAGCGGCAGCCUCUACACUGGGCAGCUUUUCUAGGGCACUUGGAGGUCCUGAAACUGCUGGUGGCACGGGGAGCAGACCUCGGCUGCAAGGACCGCAAGGGCUAUGGGCUGCUCCAUACAGCUGCUGCCAGUGGCCAGAUUGAAGUGGUGAAGUACCUGCUUCGGAUGGGAGCGGAGAUCGAUGAGCCCAACGCUUUUGGAAACACAGCUUUGCACAUCGCCUGCUACCUGGGCCAGGAUGCUGUGGCUAUUGAGCUGGUGAAUGCCGGAGCCAAUGUCAACCAGCCGAAUGACAAGGGCUUCACACCACUGCAUGUGGCUGCAGUCUCCACCAAUGGCGCUCUCUGCUUGGAGCUAUUGGUUAAUAAUGGGGCUGACGUCAACUACCAGAGCAAAGAAGGGAAAAGUCCUCUGCACAUGGCUGCAAUCCAUGGCCGUUUCACACGCUCCCAGAUCCUCAUCCAGAAUGGCAGUGAGAUUGAUUGUGCCGACAAAUUUGGGAACACGCCACUGCAUGUGGCUGCUCGCUACGGACACGAGCUGCUCAUCAGCACCCUCAUGACCAAUGGCGCAGAUACCGCCCGGCGUGGCAUCCAUGACAUGUUCCCCCUGCACUUAGCUGUUCUCUUUGGAUUCUCUGACUGUUGUCGUAAGCUUCUUUCCUCAGGUCAGUUGUACAGCAUUGUGUCUUCACUCAGCAACGAGCAUGUGCUUUCAGCUGGGUUUGACAUCAAUACACCUGACAACCUUGGCCGUACCUGUCUUCAUGCUGCUGCUUCUGGAGGGAAUGUUGAAUGUCUUAAUUUGCUGUUGAGCAGUGGAGCUGACUUAAGGAGGAGGGACAAAUUUGGCAGGACACCACUGCACUAUGCAGCUGCUAACGGUAGCUACCAGUGUGCAGUAACAUUGGUAACUGCUGGGGCAGGUGUCAACGAGGCCGACUGUAAAGGCUGCUCUCCCCUCCACUACGCUGCCGCUUCCGACACUUACAGGAGAGCGGAACCCCACACACCUUCCAGCCAUGAUGCCGAAGAGGACGAGCCACUGAAGGAGUCCCGCAGGAAGGAGGCCUUCUUCUGUCUGGAGUUCUUACUGGAUAACGGUGCAGACCCCUCCCUGCGGGACAGGCAGGGCUACACAGCUGUGCACUAUGCAGCCGCCUAUGGCAACAGACAGAACCUCGAACUGCUCUUAGAAAUGUCCUUUAACUGCCUGGAGGAUGUGGAGAGCACCAUUCCAGUCAGCCCUUUGCACUUAGCUGCCUACAACGGUCACUGUGAAGCCUUGAAGACACUGGCAGAGACGCUGGUGAAUCUGGACGUAAGGGACCACAAGGGCCGGACCGCACUCUUCCUGGCCACGGAGCGCGGCUCUACUGAGUGUGUGGAGGUGCUUACGGCCCAUGGCGCCUCUGCCCUCAUCAAGGAGCGCAAGCGCAAGUGGACGCCCCUGCACGCUGCUGCUGCCUCUGGCCACACUGACUCCCUGCACUUGCUGAUCGACAGUGGGGAACGAGCUGACAUCACAGAUGUCAUGGAUGCCUAUGGACAGACCCCACUGAUGCUGGCCAUCAUGAAUGGCCAUGUGGACUGUGUACAUCUGCUGCUAGAGAAAGGAUCCACAGCUGAUGCUGCUGACCUCCGGGGCCGCACCGCCCUCCACCGCGGGGCAGUGACUGGCUGUGAGGACUGCCUGGCUGCCCUGCUGGACCACGACGCAUUUGUGCUGUGCCGAGACUUUAAGGGCCGCACACCCAUUCACCUGGCCUCAGCCUGUGGCCACACUGCAGUACUGCGGACCCUGCUGCAGGCUGCCCUUUCCACAGACCCCCUGGAUGCUGGGGUGGAUUACAGCGGAUACUCGCCCAUGCACUGGGCCUCCUACACUGGACACGAAGAUUGUCUGGAGUUGUUACUUGAACACAGCCCGUUUUCAUACCUGGAAGGAAACCCCUUCACUCCUUUGCACUGUGCAGUGAUUAAUAACCAGGACAGCACCACAGAGAUGCUGCUGGGAGCUCUGGGUGCCAAGAUUGUGAACAGCCGAGAUGCCAAAGGACGGACCCCCCUUCACGCCGCUGCCUUCGCGGACAAUGUCUCUGGGCUCCGGAUGCUGCUGCAGCACCAAGCCGAGGUGAACGCCACUGACCAUACUGGCCGCACUGCGCUCAUGACGGCGGCUGAAAACGGGCAGACCGCUGCUGUGGAGUUUCUGCUGUAUCGAGGGAAGGCAGACCUUACUGUGUUGGAUGAGAACAAGAACACGGCCCUCCACUUGGCUUGUAGCAAGGGCCAUGAGAAAUGUGCCCUCAUGAUCCUGGCGGAAACCCAAGACCUUGGCCUUAUCAACGCUACCAACAGUGCGCUGCAGAUGCCACUCCACAUUGCUGCCCGGAAUGGUCUAGCUUCUGUGGUACAGGCCCUGCUGAGUCGUGGAGCCACAGUGCUGGCUGUGGAUGAAGAAGGUCACACCCCAGCACUGGCCUGUGCCCCCAACAAAGAUGUGGCGGACUGCCUGGCCUUGAUCCUUUCCACCAUGAAGCCUUUCCCACCUAAGGACGCCGUCAGUCCUUUCAGCUUCAGCCUGCUCAAGAACUGCAGCAUUGCAGCUGCCAAGACGGUGGGUGGCUGCGGCGCCCUGCCCCAUGGGGCCUCCUGCCCCUAUAGCCAGGAGCGGCCCGGCGCCAUUGGGUUAGACGGCUGCUACUCCGAGUAGCCCCCUCCAGUGUCCCUCCCCCGCCGGUGGCUUGAUAUCUAAUUCUAUUUAUUUAGAAAAAGUCUAAACAUUUAGGGCACUUUAAAGGAGAACACGACUGGGUGGAGGGGGCGGAGGGGAAGGAAGCCCUGGGGAGCAGCUGCUCACCCCUUUGCCACACCAUCUUGGCCUGGCAGGGGUCUGGGACUGACAGGGAGCACCCCAGGCCCUUGGUACCCCCAGGGUGACCCCUUCUGCCAAGUGUCCCAAAAUGAUUGCUAAAUGCCUGGCUCCCCCACUCUUUGACUCCAUCUCUUGGUUCCCUCUUUCUGCUGCCAGCUCCCCUGACUCUUCCCUGGGGACUCCUCUCUGUGUCCCUCUUCUCCCCUGCCCCUGCUGCCAGGCAGAUCCCUUCUUCUUCCAUACCCAUCACUGCCUCCCUGCUCGGCCGGUCCCUCCAUCCCCGCAGCAGUGAGAAGCCUUAAUUUCUGGUACUGUGUGAGCACUCUGGGGGUGUCCCCCUCCCCCUUCAGGGGCAGCUAGAGGAUGAGGGGGGAGGAUAUUUAGCACUGGGGCCUGGAGCUUUUCCCCCACUUCUGUACCCUAUCACCCCUAAAGUUCAAAUGCAAAACACUUGAAGCAGCAACUACUGUACCUGGGCCCCAAUCCUGCACUCUCCCCUGGCUCCUCAUAUGCAAAUCAAGGGCUGGUUCUGCCCCCACAGCCUGCCCCCUCCCACUUCCCUCCCAGUCCUAGCCUGGCCCCUAACCACGCACUUUAACCUUGCUUCUUUCUUUUAUCUUCUUUUGGGAGGGCAGAGCCUGUGGCCAUUCCUGCCCUAGCUCUCCUUUCCUUGAACUUUGAGGCUUGUCAUGAAUUUUUAAGUAAAUGUUUUAUCCUUUAGGGGAAGAAACAAAUUAAUUUCCUGCCCAUUUCAAAACCACAGCCCUAGUAUGUCCACUGUGUUUCAGGCAUGUGUUUGCAUGUAUAUGGAGGGAGGGACCAUGUUCUUCCUCCUGUGCCCCCAAGCCCAUAGUUUAUCUGUGCUCCCGAUCUGCCUCCACCUUCCGUUAUGUCCAAGAGUACCCACUGCCCCAGUCACUCCUGAUCUGAAGCCAAAGAUGGUAGGAGGGGCAGGGCCGACAAGGGACCGUGGCUACUCGGGACCCAGGCUUCCCCUCCAGUGUGAGGAAGAAGCUCUGACCUAGAGAGAGAUGAAUAGGUACUGGGGCUUGGUCCCUGCCUUCCCAGCAGGGAGGAAAGAUGGGAUUGAGCUAGGGGCUGCAUUGGUAAGAUUUCUAAAAGUCGCACCCCAAAAGCCAAACUGGGCUGGAGUGAAGAGGGGGCAGUUUUCUCUCUAAAUGUAGCAUUGAAUUUGGCCCUGGUCCCUUUAAGUGCUCUGUCCACCCAUCUCCUAGUGCAGCCUCCUGGACAGUUGGACCCACUCCUGCAGCCCAGUGUUCCCUUCCUCACACUCAAUACCUCAGCCAGGGGCCAAGACACAGAACUUGAAUAGAGGUCAUGCCCCCUCCGCCCCAACAGUGCAUCCUCGCCCAGUUUGGCUGCCAUCAGUAUUGUCCCCUGAGAACUGGACAGGCUUCGUUUACACAGUACAGGGUCUCCCCCUGAGGGGAUCCUUCAGCCUCCCUCCCCUACCCAAGUUUGCUUUAUUCACAGUCUUACCCAUCUUUUAGUUGUAUACCCUGAAUGUCUUGCCAUCCUUGUCAAGGGUGGGCUGAGGGGAGGGGGGCGUCCCAGGGACCCCCUCCCUCCCCAAUGGAUACCCUUAACCAUACCUCAUUCUGGUUUCCAGAAGCCUGGGGUGUGUCCAAGUCCUUAUCUUUCCAUGGUCCCUUUUGAUACCCUGUCUCUGUGUCUUGCUUCUCCCAACACUCAGUUCCUAAAUCAUUUCAAGGCUUCCAAAUGACCAUUAUUGAUGAGAAGGAUUGUGCAGCUUUUAGUUUUUAUUUUUAUUUUCAAAGCCAAAGGGCCUUGUGACGCCCCUCUUGCCCACCUCCCUCCACACCGUGUCCUCCCCUAUAUGACAAUCAAUGUGACCUCUCUUAAGGGCUGCAGCCCCCAUCCCCAACCCUGCUGGCUCUGCAAAGCUUGCCUUCCCUUCAAUUCUCUCUCCUGAAAUCUUCCCAUUCCACCCCCUCCUUCUCAUCUUGGUGCUGGGAAUUAGGUGGUGGGGGGCAAGGGGAGUGAGGAGAUGGGUCCUCCAGAGAGAACUCGCGCAGUGUGAGUCGUGUUCUCCUUUUGCGACGUUUGGCGAUGGCGGGAAGCAUCCGAGUGUCUGUCAGGAGCCCCGUUGUCUUGCUAGAUGAGAUUUCUGGGGGCUGUCUGCUCCCUGCUGCCCUCAGCACACUGUCAGCAGUGCUGGGAGGUGGUGGGGAGUCCUCUAUCCCUCCAUAUGUGGCUGUGAGGAAGCCUGGGGGACAAACAGCCUCCUCUCCUUAUGCCAAAGGAAACCCCACGCCCCACCCUGGGCUCCCCAGCCCUAGUGUUUUUUGAAGCAUUUUGACCAUUCUCAUGGCCACUGCAUAUUUAUUUUAAUGUUAAGUUUUUUUUAAACCUCUUUGACUUAAACGGGUGUGGAGAAGUAAAACAGGCAGAAUGCCCCCCAAUCUUCAUGGGAGAGGGUGGGGAGGGAACAGCGCCUUCCCUUUGCCCUCCCCCUUCCCCCUCUCCCCACCGCAGCUCUAAAGCACUUGCUUCAAGUAAUAAGCACUUUUGUGAAAAGGCCUAUUUUAAGCGAGGACCCUGGGAGCAGCCCCAGGUCCCAGCAAAGGAAACAGAGCGAGGGCGACAUAGGAGACAGGGAAACAGACGUGUGAAUCAGAGGGUGAGAUGGAAAGAGCCAGUUUUUAGUUUCUGAUUUUUGGGGAGCUAUUUCUGAUUGGGCGGUGGCUCUGGUAGGGUCAUGUACUAUAUCCUUCAGAAAAACGAAUGGCACAAACUGUGGGUCCCAGGAAGGACCAGCAGACCCGGGUCACUGCCACUGUCCACUGAGACUGACGGGCCACCUCCCCCGCCCCGUGGCCCCCUGAGCCAUAGGACUGCUGAAAACCACUGAAUGUACAGCCCAGGUUGGGGUGGGGAGCAGCCCCUGGGGGAGGGGGCUUCUCCUUUUGUUUGGUGCUGUGGGGGGUGGGAGAGAUGAGACUGAGGGACUGCCACCCCACGUAGACGUGUUUCUUGGGGUGGAGGGGCUGAGGAGGGCCUACCUCCCUCUCCAACCCCAGCCGUGGCCCCUCUUCCUUCCUCACCCCUAUCCGUUUUGACUGUAAGUCCAGCUCACCUUUGCCUUCAAUAUGUAACCAAAGGAAAACUCAAUACUGUUUCCACCACUGUCUGCCCACCCGAGCACCUUCUUACUCCCUGGACCUAGAAGGGGAGAAGAGGCUGGGGGUGGGGUGGAUGGGGCCAGAGUGAACGGUUCUACAGCUGUACCCCCAAAAGCUCCUCCAGGGUCUUGGAAGGGGUCCUGAGAGGUGGGAUUGGGGCCGGGCUGGCAGGGCUGAGUUUGCGCGCUGUGUAUCUUAUGCACGUGAGUGUUUUUGUCUGAAUGACUCCAGUGACUGCUCCAGCGGGGAGGCCCCUUCCUCCUUCCCUCUCAGCCAUUUCUCACCCACUUCCCAUACCCAGUGUUCAUCCCCUACCUCCCCUUCCCACCGCAAAGGAAAAUAGCCUUACAGACCCUAGCCCAGAAACCCUACUCCUGGGGCAAACCAGUAUGGGCCCCCAUCCCGCCUAGUUUGAACCCUACCUUUUAAGAAGGAGGGAUAAGGAACAAAGCAGCCCCUUCCCCUCUAAUUGUGGUGGCUCCAGCCUUCUGCAGCCUUGACCCAGGUGGGGCAAGGGCGGAGGUGAGGAAUCUUUGAGGACCAAGCCCAGUGGUCUGGGAAGUGGGAGGUAGAGAGGGAAGGGUCUGCCUUGGGGGCUCCCUCCUCCCAACCCAACCCCUAGAGAAGCGACCAAAUCCCAGAGAUGGGGUGAAGCUGGGGUGGGGAGGGUCUGCUCUUUGAAUUACUUGAAGGUACUGACUCCAAGGCUGCUGUUGCCCACUUAGGUGUGAGGGGGACACUGUCACUGCAUUUGGGAGGGCAGAGGGUGGUGGGUGACCAGAGGAUCCACCUUGGCCCUCACCCACUCCUGCUAGGCCCUUUCCCUGGGGAAUCUGGAAGCCUGACUUUGCCCCCAGGGAAGUUGGGGAGCGCCUUCCCUCCCUUCUCCACCCCUCACUCUGGGCACCCUCUCCAAUUGCACUAAAGUAGCUGUUGUGCCAGUCUGCCCCCCCAACAGUGGGGGAGGUCUCUGCUUCCAGUCUUCUUCCCCCGCUGCCUCCGCUCCCACCCUGGACAAUCUCCUUGUUUCCCUUGUGUUCCUGGAUAGCUCAGCUUUGUAUGUGUGUUUGGGGGGUGGGGGUGGGUUCUGACUGGAGUGGGUUUGGCAGGGGUUUGGGAAGGGUUAGGGGAGGAUGGAGGAUGAAGUCUCCUGCCCCCUUCCCCAGCUCCAGGCCACAGAAGCCUGGGAAGGGAGGGUGCCUACUCUCGCUGCUGUGUGUCUUGCAGAUGUGCCAAAAUGGGGGUGGGUGGGAUGGGAGGGUGCCUGGCAGAGCAGCCCCUGGGGUGGCUCUCUCAAAGCAAUAUAGUUCCCCUGCGGGGGACAGCAAGACAGGGGAGAGGGUUGGGGUGGGGACCUGGGGGUUCCCCAUGUACAGCUGUGUAUAUUCAGGGGUGUUCUCUGUCUGGUACCCGCCGUGGGCAUCUAUGUGUGUGUGAACCUCCCCUUCCCCAAGCCCUGCAUGACCUGUGAUGCUGCAGACACCACCAUCCUGUGUGCAGGUGUGUGUUGGGGGGCACGGAGGGGCAUGUUCCAUGUCCUGUUGCACCCUCUACCCUGUGACCCAUGUACUCGGUUGUAGGAAGUAAAGAGAACUGAGCACAAUUCACUGGAUUCUAGUGGAAUCUUUCUCUAAGCAAUUUUCCCAUUCCUGCCUCUCCCUGCCCCGGAACCACCUGUGGUGCUAGUGUUGGGAUCAGGGGCGUUUAACGCUGGUGGGCAGCAAUAAGGGGCAGAUGUGCCCAGAUGCCUGCAUCCCCAGGGUGCCGAGGGCAGCAGGAAAAAGUGGGGACCUCGGUGCAUUUGCCCCACCCCUCCCCUUCCUGGGCUAAAGCACAAUGCUCUCCCCGCAGAUUAAUGACCCUACGCCCUCCAGGCCCCUACUCACAUCCUCCCCCAGCCGGCUUCGGGUCCUCCCACCACACUCUGGUUUUCUAUGCUGUUUUGGUGCAAGUACAACUGUCGUAGUCAUGGCUUUGGGAUGGGUUCUGUUUAUUAAAAUCCUGUUGCUCCUACUG